AUGGGUGAAAAUUAUAAAUCACUUAGCUACUGCAAAGGAAUUAGCUUUACGACUUUUGACAACGUUCCUUCUGAAAAGCAAUCAAAUGAUUUUUUUGACGACCUUGGUGGAAAUAAAGUAAACUGUAACUCAGGAUAAUAUAAACCGUGUCAUGAGAGGCGAUAACUCUUACAGUUGGUCUGACUACGGUCAAGACGUGCUUAAAAUUAUGUACCCAUGGAUUGCCUGUAUUGCUGCAGCCCUAAUCGUUUUCAUUUUGGCUAUUCUUUACCGAUGUAUCAAAAAGAUGUGCUGUAAAAACAAAAUAAAGGCUUCAAAUAAAUAUGUCAGAAGGACAUGCAUUCUCGGAACAGUUGUAUUUACUGGCUUAGCUAUUGCCAGUGUCUCAAUUCUUCUUUGAUACACAGAUUAUGUAUAUCAAGGAAUCCAGCAGGUUCGCUGCGCUUCGGGUAGAAUUCCACAUGAAAUCAUAUAUGGAAGCAAAAACGAAAGUUGGGUAGGCCUUGAUCAAGGAAUUGCAGACACUGACGAAGUUAUUGAGCAGCUUAAUUACAACUUCCCUACUGACACUCUAGAAACAUGGGCCGGCUCUGACUGAAUGAAUGAUGCUGAUGAUGAUAUUGAGACGCUAAUUAACGCUUACUAUGACAAGUAUAAUGGAAAGUAAGAAAUAUUUAGACAAGUCGCAAAUCCAAAUCCACUAGCAGCACAGGGGUCAACAGUCGUGACAAAUUAUACAAACCAUUUAGGUCCAACUGACGAUAAAGAAACUUUUUCAGGGAUUAUUAUGUAUGAGUCUGACGCCAAGUUGAUACAAGUCAUUGAGGUCAUGAUUGAAAUAAAGAAUACGACUCUAGAUUCGCUUAGCCAGAUGGAAGAAAUCACGAAUGAGCUAGAAGAGUCCAAAACCAGCUUAGUUGAGUUCAAGAAUGGGACUGAAGACAUAAAUGAUCACAUCAAAGACUGGAUAUUGGACCAAAAUGAGUGGGUGAAAGGCUCUUGGAAUGUCAUGUAUUCUUCUGAAAUGGCCAUUGGAUAUAUCAUUCUCAGCAGCACAAUUUUAACGUUAACUAUAGUUCUGCUAGGACUAUAUAGGCAUGCGAAGUUCUUGCACUGCUGCUGGAUUUUCUUUGGGUUCCUAGGAGUGCUUGGAUUUAUAGCUACCACUCUCAUAGUUGGGGCUAGUGUCGGCCUGCAUGAUUCAUGCCGCUUUGCUAAAGAUGCGAUAACUACCAAAGGUCUGCACGAAUAUACAGUACUUUUCCCCGAAGAUACUGCAGAUUAUUUAAAUGUCUGCUUUAAUGAAGAUGGAGAUUUAGCAAAAUAUCUAAAUUUGACUGAAGAGCUUUCCUACGCCUAUGCAAUUCUUAAUAUGUCCUCAGAAUUUCAGAACUAUGAUAUCAAUGCAACAUACCUGACUACUUUUGAAUCAGUCAAAAUCAAUGAAAAAGCUGUAAGCGUUACUUAGGCCACGUUUUAUCAAACUAAUUACCUUUAUACAGUAGAUCCAUCUGUCAGCGAGGAAGACCAGCCAGCAACUGUUUUAGCGUUAUUGAAUAGCUGGAGCAAUUAUGAUUACGAUGAUAACUCAUUACAGAAAGUUGAAGGAAAAUGCACAACUUUUAGCGUUGACGAGUGGGUGAUUGAAGAAAGCCAAUGCGAAGAUGGUUAUACCUAUGUGAAUUCUUCCGAUCCAAGUAAUAACGUUGGAAAGCCCUCUUGCCUUGUUCUAACUGAAUGGACCUCAGAGAACGUUACAAGCAGAUAUUCAGGAUAUUUGCAGUGCUCAGCUGUAAACCCAUUUAAUACAGUUGAAAAUACAAUUCUUCAGUAUCAUAACCAAUUUGUGGUAUACAUGGAAAGUGUUGACACUUUAUUUACUCAGAUAAGUGGGGAUUUAGUAGCACUUAAUACAGCGCUUGUAGGCUAUGGAGAUAAAACAGCCAAGCAGGCAGAGAAAGCUGAAUAUUACUUCAAUGUGGAUUUAGCUGACCUAAUGAAUGCUUUGUUUGGGCAAGGAACUGGGCUUCUUUCAGAGCUUAAUUGCGGCUUUAUUAAGUCUAUUUAUGAUGAUUUGAACACUUCAGUCUGCAAAAAUGUUGUUCCUAGUAUGCUGUUUUUGUUUACGUUCGGAACAAUUCUUAGUAUCUCAGCUUUACUCUUAAUGUUCACAAAUCUCUAUUUAUCUCGUAGAUUGAGAAAGCCUAAUUUACUAACUACCCCACUAGCUGGCAAAGCAAUUAGAAAAAAUUUCUGUUUGGGAAAUAAUCCCCUUUUUUAGAGAGCAAAUUAUUCUAAUAUAAAUAUUUUUUACAAAUAAAUGGUUUAUAUCUAUUAUAGUUAUAAUAAUGGAUAUCUAGUAAAUUAUAUUAAAUUUUCUUUUGAUAUUAAAAUCUAGGUAAAAAACUUAUAUAUAAAAUUAAAAAAGAUUAAGAUUUUAA